CAGAUAUUGUGUCCCAACUCAAGACAGCUACAAAAAAAGAAACCUCCGACCCCAAAAUCGGAAAAUUGAAUUUUUAUUCAACCACGUCGAAAACCGAAAGAAAACUCCUAAAGCAACGCAUUUCGCGAACAACGUAAUUGAGCACUUUCAUGAAAGUUUUCUGUCCCGCAGGACGACGAUGACAGCCACUUGCGUCAUCCCUGUCCAAGAGACGUGGCAACAAGGCCGCAGCAGCGUAUGGCUACUAGAUCUGUGGAGGAGGAUUAAUUGAGGCACUCAUUAAGGCGAGAUGGUGUUAAACACGGAGUGGGCCCAGGUAGAAGUUAUAGACUUAAUCAACGAUGGCUCUGGAUUGGCAUUUGGAAUCAUAGGAGGCCGAAGUACAGGUGUUGUUGUUAAAACUAUUCUACCUGGAGGAGUAGCCGAUAGGGAUGGACGUCUUCAGAGUGGCGACCACAUUCUGCAGAUCGGCGAGGUAAACCUUCGUGGAUUGGGAUCUGAACAAGUUGCUUCAGUCCUCCGACAAUGCGGAGUUCAUGCAUUUGGCAGCCAUGCUCCAAUCGUGCCAACCAAAAUACUGGGCGAUCCCGUCGAACUCGACCGUCACCUGAUUGAAAAUGGCUACGCCGAAGCUCUUACGCAACUAGCUCCGUCCAAUUACAACACCCCGUAUAUUUACACUGGACAGCAGUCCGAUAUUCAAUUACACCCUAUUUCCGGUAUUGUUGAUGUUUGCAAAGAUCCUUUACCAAUCGGCAAUGUCCCAGUGGCGCCGAUACAAACAUUGGUGCAAAAUAUUGCACCAAAAAUGUUGCCUCUCGAUAUGGCGCUACACGAGCCGGACUUGCCUGAAACUGAAACCUUUACUGUAGAACUGAAAAAAGACGACUUGGGCCUGGGAAUCACUGUUGCUGGAUACGUUUGUGAAAAAGAAGAGAUAUCAGGAAUAUUUGUGAAAAGCAUCAGCAAAGGCAGUGCGGCGGACUUAACGAAAAACAUAAAAAUCAACGACAGAAUAGUGGAAGUUAACGGAACUUCAGUGGUGGGUUUCACCAAUCACCAAGCUGUUGAAGUGCUUCGCAGAACGGGCUCUGUGGUGUCCAUCAAAGUGGAGAGGUACCUCAGGGGUCCGAAGUACGAGCAACUUCAGAUGGCGAUAAGGGCGAACGAAUUAAGGCCGCCAUCGCCACCCUCGCCUUCGGUGUCGUCGUUGCCUAAAGUUCCUCUAAGCUUGGUGCAAAUGAGUUAUUUGGGGAUAGAACCUGAGGCCGAUUCACGAACAAGUAUGGAUUUUGAUUCCAUUAUCCUUAUGGAAACUGAUACAGGAGGAAAUGAAGAAGAAAAAGAAAUCGUUAUCGAUGGAAAUCGAUCGUUACAAUUUAGCAUAGCAAGUCACGAAUCGAUAUACGAAAAAUGGCGGGAAGAGUUCGACCCCAGCGUUGAAAUUGUGAUUGCUGAAAUGCAAAAAGAGCUCGCCAAAGGCCUGGGAAUAAGUCUAGAAGGUACAGUCGAUGUGGAAGAUGGAAAGGAAGUCCGUCCGCACCACUACAUAAGAAACAUCCUACCUGAUGGUCCUGUUGGAUUAAGCGGCAUCCUUCAGUCUGGAGACGAACUUUUAGAGGUUAAUGGUAUAUUACUUCUUGGAUUAAACCAUCUGGAAGUAGUAUCGAUAUUAAAGCAACUCCCAAGUGUUGUAAGUUUAGUUUGUGCUAGAUACCAAGUUCCUACAAGAGUUAUAGAUACUUCGCAACAUAGAGAAGCAUUUCAAGCGAGAAAAAUCCUAGCAGGCAGUCUACAAACCUUAAUACCUGUCAGCGAAGCCAGUAGACUGGUCAAGGCGAAAUCAGAGACGUCCAUUGGUUCAAGCAUCCCAAGCGAAGCCUGCUCGACGAGCAAAUCUAGAUCCCUGGAACUAAUAGCAGGGUUGCCAAUGUGGAGCAGCGAACCCACUGUUGUGGAGCUGAAUAAAGGAGAACAUGGUCUGGGAUUCUCCAUUUUGGACUAUCAGGAUCCCUUGAAUAGUAAAGACACUGUGAUAGUAAUCCGAUCGCUGGUGCCUGGAGGAGUGGCGCAGUCGGAUGGCAGACUGAUCCCAGGCGACCGUCUUAUGGCGGUAAACGAAAUCGACGUUGCCAACGCCUCUCUAGAUAGGGCUGUACAAGUAUUAAAGAGCGCCCCGAAGGGACUUGUCAAAAUUUCCGUCGCCAAGCCCCUUAACAAUGAUGCCGUCUCAUACGCCAGUCAGGAUACCGAGGACGAUCAAACCUGCUUAGAGGACUUCCAGGAAUGCAUAGAAGAAUACCAAGAGUGUCUUGAAGUAGUCCACAUCUGCAUCGACGAAGAAAACUCCUUCAACCACUCCCCAUGCACCUCGCAGGUGGAGGAACUUGGCCAAAACACCCAACGCUUAAAAAACUUAACUAACGGUACUUUUUUAGAGAAUAACUACUUGAACGUCAACAAGAAUAAAGAUGACAGUGACUAUGAUAUUAGCUAUAAAAGUACCACGAAUGAAAUAGUAGUUGAUAAUAAGUUAAUAAGUGAAGUGAACGGUGUAAAAACAAAUAACAAUAAGUGCGAUAAAUUAGUUAAAACCGAUAGUUUAACUCAAAGCGACAAGAUUUCCGAAAAAGACGGUUACGAAACCUGCAUAGACGAAUCCUUUUCCGAGGAUAAUAAAUCAUUUAAAAAGACUGAUCCAUUUGAAUCGAAAACAGUACAAAUCCUAGACGAAGUAGAUGAUAUUACCCCGACUAAUUCACGACAUAAACUGGACCAAAAAAUCUCAGUACCUGAAAAUCCAACAUUGAGCCCUGCUGUAUCAGAACCUCUGUUAAACACUGAUUUCAUCGAACACCACCUUUGUUUUGAUAGUAAAUACGAUGAGGAUGGUUUAAAAUCUUACGAUCAAACCGAGGAUUCAAACAUUGACGAGUUUUUCUUAGUCCAAUAUCCCUCAGAUCCCACCAAAAGUUACAGUGAUCCAAAUGUCUUGGACUCAUCAUCAACACCACGUAAAAAUUGCUACAAAAAAUGUUUAAAAGAGUACUAUAACGAUUAUGAGGAGUGUCUGGAGGCGUACAGGUUACAAAAAGAAAAUACCAAGAAAGAGUUAGCUGACGAAGAUAUUUUCCACGAGAUUGUUCUGCCGUUCAAGAGUAGAUCUGCUCCAGAUGUUAUGGAUAGGUCCUUUGUAAUGCUAACCUAUGAUCCUGGACCUGAAAGGUGUAGAAGGAAGUCCGAUUUUGUUCCUGGACAUCAAAUAGAAGAUAUCGACAGAAACCUACAGCAAAUGACCGUCACCUGCCAACUAGAUAACGAUUACGGCGCUCCAAAGGAAUGCCACGUUGACGUCAUGUUGCAAAAACACUGGGGCUCGACCCAUACCAUCAAAAUCUUCCGGGAGCCCAACAGAAGCCUGGGUAUCAGCAUAGUGGGCGGUAAAGUCGACCUCCAUCAAUCGGAAACCAGCACGGUUUUGGGGAUUUUCGUCAAAAAUGUCGUUCCGAACAGUCCUGCUGGAAAAACAGGACAAUUUAAGACUGGGGAUAGAAUUCUUGAAGUCAGCGGUGUUGAUUUAAGACAAGCAAGUCAUGAGACAGCUGUGGAGGCCAUUAGAAAUGCUUCCAAUCCUGUUAUUUUCAUAAUACAAUCAAUAAAACCUUGGAACACCGCAUCAAUAGAUCACGACAAAAACUCGAACAAAAACCAAGAAGAAAAUUGUCCAUCGCCUCAUCCGUCACCUGUGAGCCUUAAGGCUCCUCAAGAGCUUCCAAAUAAGGUUGGGCAACCUAAGGAGACACAGGGGUUUCUGUCUCCCACUCCUCAAAAUAUUGGGUCUGAUAAAAACGAUGUAAUUUUGCCUUCCAAAGAGGAAGUUUCUUCUGUAUCUGCUGCUUCAGUGGGUGGAGGUGAAACACCAAGGAAUGAGAGCCGUAUUGAGAUCAGGGAUGAUUCUGAAGAUAGUGAUGAAGAUGAUGAGGAUAAUAGGGAGUUGGAGGGAAGAACGGUUUCGGCGCAAGGACAUCAAAUCGACAGAGCUAGUGCUGCCAAUGUUAAAAGAACAAAAGAGGAGAUUUCAGCGGAUCCUGAAAAAGAAGAUGACUUUGGAUACACGAUGAACAAAGUGAAAAAGAAAUAUGCCAACCUGGGUCACUCCAUAUUGAUGGUGCAAUUGGAGCGAAGCAGCCAGGGCUUAGGUUUGAGCCUUGCGGGACACAAGGACCGUAACUGUAUGGCGGUGUUCGUGUGCGGGCUCAACCCUACGGGGGCGGCAUACAAAGCUGGCGGUAUCGAAAUCGGGGACGAAAUUUUAGAGGUGAAUGGUGUGGUUUUACACGGUCGCUGUCAUCUAAACGCUUCGGCUAUCAUUAAAGGCCUAUCCGGACCAAUAUUUAAAGUUAUUAUACUAAGGCGAAAAACUGCCAUCGAUGACAUCGCUGUCAAGCCUAUCACCCAGUUCCCAGUCUCAUUGGCCGAAGAGGCGUCGGAGGAAUCGUUUAGUCAAAGCUAUCCGAAUGUUCGCACCGUCGCUAUCAAAAAGCAAGGGAAUCAAAGCUUAGGUAUUAUGAUAAUUGAGGGAAAACAUGCUGAAGUCGGACAAGGAAUUUUCAUAUCGGACAUACAGGAAGGCAGCGGCGCCGAAAAGGCCGGCCUAGAAAUUGGAGAGAUGAUCCUUGCAGUCAAUAAAGAUUCGUUGGUCGGUUCAACGUACGACACGGCUGCAAAUCUGCUAAAAAGGACCGAAGGAUUAGUGACGCUGGUGGUGUCGAAUCCUGGAAAAAAAGACGACAAAAAUUCUGUAUCGUCUGCACCAAAUUCUGGACUUAAACCUUCGAAAACCACUUCUAGACCUACUACACCUGUACCUGAACCACCUGUCGAUAUAGCGACAUGUCCCAUCAACCCAGGAAAAGAUACCACAAUAGAAAUAUCAACCGACAACAAGGGACUGGGAAUAUUCUUUGUUGGAGGAAAAGACACCUUAACACCGAACGGUAUUAUUCUAGUGGAAGCUUAUCCGGGUGGGACGGCCGACAAAGAUGGUCGCCUUCAACCGGGCGAUCAAAUUUUAGACGUAAACGGUACACCUUUAAAAGACGUAACACAUCAAGCUGCAUUACAAGCAUUAAGACAAACACUGCCAAAGAUGAAAAUGACCAUACACAGACCAGCUACAAUAGAAUUUAACCCAAUCGAAUUGGAUCUGGCCAAAAAACCGGGCAAAGGAGUGGGACUCAGCAUUAAAGGUCGAAAAGGAGGAAAGGGAGCUUAUGUCUCCGAUAUUGUUGGUGGAGGUGCAGGUGACCUGGACGGUAGGAUAGCGAAAGGUGAUUUGCUAGUGUCUGUGAACGGACAAAACGUGGAAAACAUGUCUGGUGAAGAAGUGGGGGCCAUAAUAAAGACUGUUACGGGUCGAGCAUCCCUCAAAAUUAAUAGAUAUAAAGCUAUCGCGCGAUAAUUUCAAUUAAUAGAUAAAUAAAAUGAAAAAAAACCUAAUUUUACGUGUUAUAUAACAUUGACUAGGACGUAAGAGGUUAAGAAUGAAGAACAUGACAAAAAGUUAAAACAAUUCGAUUUCAAAGUCUAAUGUGCCUUUAUAUCGAAGGAGAUUAUGUGAAACUCUAAACUUUUUGAUAAAAUUUAAAUAAAAUAUUUUGAACUAUUGCGGCCUACGCGGAAAAAAAUGUUGGCCAACAAAUCUUGUAACAUCUGACAACAAUCAAGUAUUAAAAGAAAAUAUUUAGUGUUGCUAGAUGUUACAAAAAUGUAGCGGUCCCACAAAUCUUAACAAUCCUGUUAUUUAUGAAUUAGAUGCUCGUCACAACCCUGCUGGCUACGUAAAAUCUUCAUCUUUAACAUAAGUGUUUAAUAUACCUAAUGCAAUAUGGUUAAACUUAAAGUAAGAUUUGUUACCUAUUCAAGUGCAAGGUGUAAAAAUAUUUGUCUUGUUUUCAUUAGUCAAUGUCUUUGACAAACCUGUUUUAAACGGGCUGUUUAGUCAAUGGUUAAAAGAUUUAAGUGUUGUUAAUAUUGUUAUGUUAUUUUUAUGUGUCACUAAGUAUUGGUUAAAACGAUAAAAAUACGAUGAAAUGAAGUAAUACCUAAUAAUAUACGUAUUUGAAAAUGUUACAACCAGAGAUUUGUAAUAUUUUCAAAUAUUCCUAUUUAUCUAGUCAAAUAAGUUAUUGUUGUUACUUAAUUUAUUAUCUGUAUGUAUUUAGUACAAUAGUCUACCUGCUUAAAUUGUGAUAAAUCAGAUAA